AUGUCCAACAGCGCCGCCUAUGACAGGCACAUCACCAUCUUUUCUGACCAAGGACGACUGUAUCAAGUCGAAUAUGCCUUCAAAGCUGUCACCGCAGCAAAUAUCAUGUCGAUCGGCAUCAGGGGGAAGGACUGCGCCGUAGUAUUAUCACAAAAGAAAGUUCCCGACAAGCUCAUCGAUCCCUCUUCCGUCUCUCAUAUCUUCAAGCUCUCCCCAUCCGUAGGAUGUGUCAUGACCGGUUCGAUCGCAGAUUCGAGGGCCUGGGUGACGAGAGCUCGUGGUGAAGCUGCUGAGUUCAGAUACAAGUAUGGAUACGAGAUGCCGUGCGACGUAUUGGCCAAGAGGUUGGCGAACAUAUCCCAGGUGUAUACUCAGCGCGCCUACAUGCGUCCAUAUGGUGUCUCAACCACCCUCGUAUCCCUUGACUUCGAAAAUGGCCCUCAGCUCUACAAGUGCGACCCCGCUGGUUAUUACACCGGUUACAAGGCCACGGCAUCGGGCCCAAAGCAGCAGGAGGCUUUCAACCACUUGGAGAAGAAGCUCAAGAACAAGGAUAGCGCAGAGGGUACCUGGGAGGAGGUUGUCGAACUGGCUAUAACUACCCUCAGCACGGUCCUCAGCGUGGACUUUAAGAAGGGAGAGUUGGAGAUCGGCAUUGCUGGCGGACCGCGUGCGGACGGAAAGGAAGGGCCCGACCCGGGUUUCAGAGCGUUGACGGAGGAAGAGAUUGAUGAGCGUCUGCAAGCCAUUGCGGAGAAGGAUUGA